UGUUGAAUUGAAGUGAUAGUAUUUAUUGUUUAUAAAUAAUUUAUUCAUUGAUAAAAUUUUGCACUUAGAUAUACGAAGUAAAACUGUAAGGCAAUAAAAUCAACCCUUUGGAGUCUUACUCCUUGACAACCCAGAAUGGCAGAAUCUCCUAAGGACAAAGAAAACCCAUUAGACAUCGAUGGAAGUAACUUUAAUUCUGAAAUGUAUUUAGAAUGUCUUUUGAAAUGUGCCACUCUACGACAAGUAAUGGAUAAAGAGGCCGAAGUAGUAACUCAAAGUCAAUUCUUACAGUCAGAAAUGCAAACAUUGGUUUACGAGAAUUAUAACAAAUUUAUAUCAGCUACUGAGACAGUUCGAAAAAUGCGCUCAGAUUUUCAAAUAAUGCAAGAGGAAAUGAACAAACUUAGUGAAAAUAUAAAUAACAUAACAAAGUUCAGUUCCAAUAUAUCCGAUAAUUUAAAGGAAAGUGGGAACAGUGUUAAUAGAUUAUGUAGCACUCGUCAAUUGUUAGACAAAUUACAGUUUGUGUUCCUCUUACCGACUCAAUUGAAUAAAGCAAUUCAAGAAAACCGUUAUGUAGAUGCAGUACAAGACUACUCUCAUGCUCAAAGAGUCUUACAGAAGUAUGGUAAUCAACCUUCUUUUCAAAGCAUUCAGACAGAAUGUUCAGAAAUUAUAUGUGAUCUCAAGAAGACUUUAAGAGAAAGACUACUGACACCAGACACUUCAGCAUCUGAACUAGCUGAAAGUGUAGGUCUCUUAAGACAGUUACAGGAAACUGACUCCUCUUUACAGGAUAUUUUUUUGACAUGUGCUGAGAAUCGACUGGAUACACAUCUGAAAAGUUUAAAUGCUAUAGUCGACAGUGCUGAUAUAUUGGAAUGGGUAGAAAAAUGCAAUAACACUUUGUUAGCAGACUUGGGUAUUGUAAUAUCAUGUUAUCAUGAUCUAUUUGAUGAUAAGGAAAUGGUCAACUUGCCUGAGUUUGCCGAUAAAGUGAUGUCUCAAGUAUUCCAUCUUUUUGAAGAUGUUGUCAAGAGACCUGAAAACAUUGGCACCGAGAUACUAAUAAGAGGGUUAGACAAAUUCUUUAGAAAAUUACAAGCAAUGUCAGAAAUUAUUUCUAGUGAGUUGGUUUCUAAUAAAGCUUUGGAUGUUGUUAAACAAUGCAUAAAGCACAAGGCUACAUUACAAUAUGAAACAAUUCAAUUACAAUUUAAAGAAAACUUGAUGAGAGUAAGGCAGUCCUUAGCAAGCAAAGGUACAGAGUGUGCUGAUCUUAAAGAUAUUCUAAAUUCUUUGCAAAUUCAUUUGAUGCAAAAGAUCCAAGCUUCAUUAUUAGAUUUGAUGGCAUUCCUACAGAACAAACUUUCCUUUGGAUUAAAAUCAUGGUGCGGUAAGGCUGUUGCUGAUGCUUGUUGGACAGUAAUAUCAGAAACAUUGAUUAAUCUAUCAGAAAUGGUUAAGAAAAUGUCUUCCUUACAGACGUCAAAUAACAUUCCUUUUGAAUUACUACUAAUAUUGGCAAAACUAUGCCUAGAAAUGCAAGAAAGUGGUGUUGCCACAUUACAUAGUCAUCUUUUAAAACUCUUGGAAGAAUCAGCUCCAGGACUGAGUAUAGAUAAAAAAGAUACUAACAGUGUAAUGGUUCAUUUAUCUACUGCAGCUCAAACGGCUUUAGACUCUGAAGUUGUGUUUAUAGGACAAACAGCAGCACAAAUGUUAAGAGUAUCAGUCCUCGCUAGGGACUGGUUACGAGCUCCGGAACCGAGGGGUCCAAGAGCUGUGUGUCGGAGGGUCGUAGAAACGCUUGCUAGUGCUGACAGUGCUGCAUCACAACUAUUUCCUACAAGCAUAAAGCCAUCUAGCGAUUCCAGUCGGCGUACUAUAUGGUCUCGGGCACCUUCAUCCUUUUCGCCUAUAAAUAGAAUAUUUUCGGAAAGGAUUGAAGUUUUCAGCCCAGCUGGAGCUGAUCGCGCCGCGCUUUCAAAUGGAGCACUAAAAGUAGCAUUGAAAGCUUUAGUGGAGUGCGUGAGGCUGCGUACAUUUAGUCGCCAUGGUUUGCAACAAUUGCAAGUUGAUGUGCAUUUUCUUCAACAAAGACUAUCAUGUAUGGGAAAUGAUGAAAGAUUAUUGAACUCUCUACUAGAAGACGCAUUAGCUUCAGCCCAAAUUAGAUGUGUCGACCCACAACUGAUGGAAGCAAGUAUUGUAGACAUCAUUUGUGAAAGAGGUUAAAUAUGUCUAAUCUAUAUUCCACUUAUAUUGUAUAGUUAUGUAAACAUUUAAAAACAUCAUCAGUAUGUAAUUAUUUAUU